AUUCUCUUAUUGGGCGUCACUCGAAGAGGGUGGUAUGAUGAGCGCUUUGGAGACAUCUUAUUCUCAGUGAUCAGAUGUCAACGUGAGUAUUCUUUACAUAAAAAUAUAGAAAGCUGUCCUUGAUAAUGACUGACAACACGGCGGGAAAUGACGUCACACCUGAUGAAAAUGAAAUUGUUCAGGACCCUUCAACCGAAGAAGCCAAUGAUACUUUUGAAGAUAUACAGCUCAUUCACAAUUUUCUGACAUUUACCCAAUCGCAGGAAGAUGAUGAUAAGGAGGUGGUGACGGAACAACCGAAAAAGAACAAGAGCGCGGCCAGCACUGAUAAGAAGGGCGAUGACGACGGUAAGAAAUCGUCUCGUAAAAAGAAACGUUCGAGCAAAGAUGGCUGCAUAUCUGCAGCAGCGGGGGUCGGUUCCAUAUCCAGGGACUACCUGGACGGAGCGAUCAACGCCGAGUACGUCGGCCCCAACGCCGACUGUAUAUGAUGUCCUGCGCCAAAUUCCCGGACGUCGUCACCCGAUGCACGUUAGAGCUAUGCAGCGCCAACUUCGUACUCGGGCUAAUCCUCUGCAAGUGCGGUCUGGCUUUGGACACGAAGAUCGUUUGGACCGACGACGGCUUGGAAGCCGAGGCCCUCGGGACUGGCUUGGAUUUAUCGGAAGGGUUUGCCGUUGGCGCGUUGGGCAUGAAGAUCGGGAUUAUCGAUAAGAAGAAGAGGGAUAAGAAGUGGAAGAAGAAGAGGCAGAGAUGGCAGAAAAAAAAGAAGAAGGGAAAAAAGUCCAAAGAUGAGGAGAAUGAAGAGGAGGAGGAUGGAGAAGAAGAUGAAGAGGAAGAGGAGGAGGAGGAUGAAGAAGAGAGUGAAGAGGAGGAGAGUGAGAGUGAUGGGUCGGAUGAGUAAUCUGCACAAGAAUACCUUUGUUUGUUUUAUAUCAAAACGGGAGGUAUAGGCCUACAGGUCGUGCAGUAUAGUGCAUGUGAUUGAAAGGUGCACUUGUGAUACAAAUUUAAACAUAGCACAAUUAUAUAGAUCUAGAUCGCUUGAAAAGAAAAGAAAAAUCGAACUUGUUUUGUUACCUUACCAUUGUGUCUGAUUCAAACAAGUAUUAAAAAGAACCCUCGAUAAGAUAAAUAAUACUGAUAUACAUGUCGGACAAGUAAAUUACUUUUAUGAUCUUGGAUGAGCAAUUAAGGGGUGACGAUCACCCAUCCAAUGCUUGGUAGGCACGCCAGUCCACCCCUGUUGGCACUUCAACUUUUCUAUCUAAAUCAAAUUUGUGUUUGUUCUUUAAUAACUACUUCAAACCAACUACUUCUAUAUAAAUAUGUGAAUUAUAUCCCAAACCCAGGUGAAUAUAGAAACUUCAUUUUGGGUAGGUUUUAUAAGAAUUAAAAAACAAAAAAUAAACAAACUGCUUUAAACAAAAUUCCUGAUGCAUUAAUUUUUUUUCCUUCAAAUUAUGGAUCAUCAUGUUCCUCAUUUUACGAGAAUACAUUUGAAAAUCCCGGAGAGGAAUGACCUGGUAGGUUCAUGAUUGAAUUAAUUAUAUAAUAUUGACUGGCCUUGAGGAGAACAUCAAAUAUAUUUCCCACAAAAAAUCAUAUUGGUCCGAGUCUUUAGACGAGGGCAAUAUGGUUCUUUUAAGCUAUACUGAUGUAAAUUCGAGAAACAAUAGUAUAUUCCUGUGGAUAAUGAUACGUCAAAUACAGCUUGCCUUUUGAAAUGUAAAAAAUCUUUUUUUU